AUGACAGAAUUGCCUAGAAUAUACUAUAAUAAAGAUGACUAUUUUCAAACAGCAACUGGAAAUAGAAUUGCUAAAAAUUGUAAUUUAAUGGGAAGUGUGAAUUUAAUAUUAAGUGGUAAAGUUACUGUGAUGGAUCGUUGUACAUUACGUGGUGAUUUGAAUAUGAUACGAAUAGGGAGUUUUACCGUUUUUCGUGAAAAUUGUAUUAUUAGACCAAGUUAUAAAUUAUAUCAAAAAGGUUUUAUGUUUUAUACAGUUCAAAUAGGUUCCAAUGUUUUUAUUGAUGAGAAUUGUAUUAUAAUGUCUGUUCAAAUGGGGGCAUAUGUAUUUGUUGGUAAAAAUUGUGUUAUAGGAAGAGGUGUACAUAUAAAAGAGUGUUGCCAAAUAUUACCAGAUACAGUUAUUCCAGAAAACACAGCAUUUCCACCAUUCAGUGUUAUUGGAGGGAACCCAGCAAAAAUAGUUGGUGAAACACCUAAAAAUUUUCAAUAUAUGAUGAUUGAAAUGACACAAGAAUUUUAUGAAAAAUUUACAGCUAAAAGUGUUGGUCAAUUGUAA